GCAUGUGAUUGAUUAGUCAGCACCCCUUUUCCAGGGACCCCUUCUUAUACAAAAGCCUCAACCCCCUCCACGUCCAAUCCCCACCACCAAAGACACCUCAAAUAGAGCCUACCCCACCAUGUGCGCCUCUCCCGCAGACCCCAUCUACCUCCCCCCGCUCUCUCCCUCCACCUCCGCACAAACAAAACACCACCUACUCGUCUUCCUCCCCGGCAACCCCGGUUACCCAGGAUACUACGCCCCCUUCCUCUCUGCCCUACGCACCGGUCUCCCCGCCUCCCCAUCAGGAGAAGACGCAAUCCACAUCCGCUGCCUCACCCUCCCCGGCUUCGCCCCACCCCCCACAGAUCCGCAACCCCAACCCAACUCCCCUCCACCCCCCAAACCUCCUUCCUCUCCCUCUCCGAGACCACCUCCGCCCUCCUCACCACCAUCCUCGGUCUACGCAUCCCCUCCGGUCCCUGCGCCGGCGAGCCUCACGACAGUCUAACCCUCCUCGGCCACUCCGUCGGCGCCUACCUCGCGCUCUCCGUGCUCUCCCAGCUCCCCGCCACCA